CGCUGGACCUCAGGCUGCCAGCCUCAGUGCGGGCCUUUCCUGCUCCAGUCCCGGUGUAGUGCCGGCUCCCGCAGGGGCGACGGCGCCCAGCCCGGGCUGUCCCUGUGCGGGGGACAGCUGGGACUCGUUUAGGUCGCAGGCCUUUUGGUCCGUUUGUGCAAACCGUUUAGUGUCAGGGCCCGGCCUUCCCCGCUCAGCGGCGGUCCGGACCGGCCCGAUCCCGCGCCCCAAGGGCACCUUUCCCCGCCCGUCUAUCUGGUAGGCGGCAGGGGCCCGCCAGGCCUCGGCCCCGCGUCGCCCGUGCCAUCCUGGGAGAGGGGAAUUUCCGGGCGUGGUCCCAGAGCUUCAGCCAGACGGGCCUGCUGGGACUGGGCACACUCUGGGCAGCCCCGUGGCCCGCGGCCAGAUCCUUCUCCAGAUGAGUUUCCUCGCGAUUGGUUAGGAUGGAAGUGCCUUCUAGGAAGGAAAGCCGGAGGAGAUUGAUUUUCUUCCGGGUGCCCUGAGUAGUCAGGAAGUAAGACUUUGAGCGGCGCAGGCUCUGGCGGUUGUCAUGGAGCAGCAGCCUUCGAGCUGUGGCUGGAGACAAUAAGACGUGGGAUGAGGCUCCGUGACAGGACGCAGUUCUGCCUGGGGACUCUGAAGACAGAAAGCUUUGGACAGUCGAAUUCAUGGUCGUGGAAACCCAACCCCAAUUAAGCAAUGUCAGGUGUCCGACCUCCGAUCAUGAAUGGGCCCCUGCACCCGCGGCCCCUGGUGGCUCUACUCGAUGGUCGGGACUGCACGGUGGAGAUGCCCAUCCUGAAGGACGUGGCCACGGUGGCCUUCUGUGAUGCGCAGUCCACACAGGAGAUCCACGAGAAGUCCUCCUCCCUCCCGCAGGUGCUGAACGAGGCUGUGGGUGCUCUGAUGUACCACACAAUCACGCUGACCAGAGAAGACCUGGAGAAAUUCAAAGCCCUUCGGAUCAUUGUCCGAAUAGGCAGUGGCUUUGACAACAUUGACAUCAAGUCUGCCGGGGACUUAGGCAUCGCUGUGUGCAAUGUUCCUGCAGCAUCCGUGGAGGAGACUGCAGACUCAACCCUGUGUCACAUCCUGAACCUAUACCGGAGGACCACCUGGCUGCACCAGGCACUGCGAGAAGGCACUCGCGUCCAGAGUGUGGAGCAGAUCCGUGAGGUGGCCUCAGGGGCUGCCAGGAUCCGCGGGGAGACCUUGGGCAUCAUUGGACUAGGUCGAGUGGGACAGGCAGUGGCACUGCGGGCCAAGGCCUUCGGCUUCAACGUGCUCUUCUAUGACCCAUACCUGCCGGAUGGCGUGGAGCGGGCACUGGGGCUGCAGCGUGUGAGCACCCUGCAGGACCUGCUCUUCCACAGUGACUGUGUCACGCUGCACUGCGGCCUCAACGAGCACAACCACCACCUCAUCAACGACUUCACUGUCAAGCAGAUGAGACAGGGAGCCUUUCUGGUGAACACAGCCCGAGGUGGGCUGGUGGAUGAGAAGGCGCUGGCCCAGGCCCUGAAGGAGGGGCGAAUCCGUGGCGCGGCGCUGGACGUGCACGAGUCCGAGCCCUUCAGUUUCAGCCAGGGACCCCUGAAGGAUGCACCCAACCUCAUCUGCACCCCGCAUGCAGCGUGGUACAGCGAGCAGGCAUCCAUCGAGAUGCGUGAGGAAGCCGCCCGUGAGAUCCGGCGAGCCAUCACAGGCCGAAUCCCAGACAGCCUGAGAAACUGCGUGAACAAGGACCACCUGACCGCAGCCACCCACUGGGCCAGCAUGGACCCCGCCGCUGUGCACCCUGAGCUCAAUGGGGCUGCCUACAGCAGGUACCCGCCAGGCGUUGUGGGCGUGGCCCCCACCGGCAUCCCUGCUGCUGUCGAAGGCAUUGUCCCCAGCGCCAUGUCCCUGUCCCACGGCCUGCCCCCAGUGGCCCACCCACCCCACGCCCCUUCUCCUGGCCAAACUGUCAAGCCAGAGGCAGACAGAGACCACACAAGUGACCAGUUGUAGCCCGGGAGGAGCCCUCCAGCCUCAGCGCCCAGUGGAGGGCGCUGUGCACCUCAGGCCGGGGCGUGCAGAGGUGGCGCCCGGUGGUGGCCCCAGCGCCCAGAGACUG